CACUGAGAAGUGCUCCACUAUGCCCGACUCACCUGCGGAUGUGAAAACACAAUCCAGAUUAACUCCAACCACCAUGCCUCCUCCUCCUCCAACCACCCAGGGAGCCCCUCGAACCAGCUCAUUCACACCUACUACAUUAACCAAUGGCAACAACAGCCACUCCCCCACGGCGUUAAAUGGAGCUCCCUCGCCACCCAACGGCUUCAGCAACGGGCCUAGCUCCUCCUCAUCUUCCUCGCUGGCCAAUCAGCUGCUCCCUCUUGCGUGCGGCGCCCGGCAGCUCAGCAAGCUGAAACGCUUCCUCACAACUCUACAGCAGUUCGGCAAUGACAUCUCGCCCGAGAUCGGAGAACGCGUCCGCAUGCUGGUACUGGGGCUGGUGAAUUCCACGUUGACCAUAGAGGAAUUCCACUCCAAGCUCCAAGAAGCGACCAACUUCCCGCUCCGACCCUUCGUCAUCCCGUUCCUGAAGGCCAACCUGCCACUCCUACAGCGGGAACUGCUGCACUGUGCCCGUCUGGCCAAGCAGAACCCAGCUCAGUACCUGGCACAACACGAACAGCUCCUCCUGGACACCUCCUCCACCACCUCCCCCGUCGACUCCUCAGAACUACUCCUAGACCUCAACGACAACGGCAAGAGGAGAACACCUGACAGAACCAAAGUGAACGGCUUCGACAGGGAUGGCACCCUGCACCUGGAGACCUCCAGUAAGAGACCCUGUACGAUCAGCCCGGCAGGCCAACGGUUCAGCCCCUCCAACGGUCUCUCCUAUCAACCUAACGGCCUGGCCCAUGGACACCCCACGCCGCCCCCUCCCCCGCCCCCACAGCACUACCGGCUGGACGACAUGGCCAUCACAAACCAUUACAGAGACUCACCACACUACCGCCACCCCAACCACAACCACCGGGAGCUCAGGGAGAGACCACGACCACUGGGAAUGCACGGGGCUCGUCAGGAAGAGGUGAUCGACCACCGGUUGACAGACAGAGAAUGGGGGGAGGAAUGGAAGCACCUUGACCAUGUAAGAAAAUACCUUCCUCCUCCUCAGCUGCUGAACUGCAUCAUGGACAUGGUGGAGAAGACGAGGCGUUCUCUCACCGUGCUGCGGCGCUGCCAGGAGGCCGACAGGGAGGAGCUUAACUACUGGAUCAGACGAUACAGCGAUGCGGACGACCUGAAGAAAGGAGCCAGCAGGACCCAGAGCAGACAGCACAGUCCUACAGGACAGGAUGACCUCACUACAGAGAUUCACCGGGAUCUUCUCCAUAGACCAGUGACGACCGGACACGUACCUGAAGAAAUCUGGAAGAAAGCUGAAGAGGCUGUGAACGAGGUGAAGCGCCAGGCCAUGUCAGAGCUCCAGAAGGCGGUUUCAGAGGCAGAGAGGAAGGCCCAUGAGAUGAUAAGCACUGAGCGGUCCAAGAUGGAGCGUACGGUGGCAGAGGCCAAGAGACAGGCAGCGGAGGACGCACUGACUGUCAUCAACCAGCAGGAGGACUCCAGCGAGAGUUGUUGGAACUGCGGGCGGAAGGCGAGCGAGACCUGCAGUGGCUGUAACACGGCGCGCUACUGCGGCUCCUUCUGCCAGCACAAAGACUGGGAGAAACACCACCACGUGUGUGGACAGACUCUCCAGGCCUCCCAGGCUACUCAGCAGCAGCAGGGUACAGAGACCUCCACUACACCCUCUAGUAGAGCAGGCAGCCCAGCCGGAACCCCGCCUGCCACCACACCCCGCUCCGCCACUCCAGGAACCCCCUCUACGUUGGAAACCACGCCGCACUAAACCGGGAGCCACCCGGGGAGCCAUCGGAGACUCCCAGUAGCCCAACAUGACUGACUGACUUCAUGCUAAAUGCUAACGCUACUUAUGUUGGAGUAGCAGAGGUUCCACACAACACAGGAGGUGUAUACAUGUAGAUCAGUCACAUUGACUUGUCAUGAUUAACUAAGAACACAAAGAUAUUAUUAUUAUUAUUAUUACUAUUGCUGUUAUCAUCCGUUGUCGUCUAAGUUUGUUGUUGUUGAUGGUUGUUGACGUUGUCAUUGUUGCUUCUCUUACAUUGUUUCCUGUAAAUAUGAAUCAUAGAAAGCAAAACAGAAACAGACAGCGAUGACAGUCACAUAUACGGACCUCCCCUUGGUGUUCGGUUCCGCUUCCUAAAUGUGUUGUUGUUUACCUGGGAUGUAAUAUGAAACUAGCUGACCUCAGACACCAAACAACAUACCAAUGGAAUAUUACUACAACACAAACACUGUGGAAAAAGCAGACGCCAACUCUCUUAUUAUGGGAAGACCACAAAUACAAAGAACAGACAGACAGACAGGUGGAUAGUACCCAUGGGUUACAGACAGAAAAACAGACAGACAGAC